GAAGCCUCAAUUGAUUUGAUGCGAUAUAAACUGUACUUAUUUAAUACCUUGUGUAGAUCGUGCACAAAUGAACAUCACAUGCGCACCUGCACACACAUGCACAUGUAGACAGAGAAGCAUAGUUGCAGGCACACAUACUGACAUUAAAUCGUCGUCAAAUGCGCGUACAGCCUCGAAUUGGUGAUAUUGUUUGACCUUGGCUCAUUAAUCGUUAAAACUUCACCGUCAGUGUUGCCGCUGUGUUUCGAAUGCAUAGUAGAGUUCAACUUGGACGGUGACACGCUCGUGGUUUCUGACCUUCGCCCCCUGUAGCAGGCGUCAUAUUGGGCGCACACAUUUCCGAACCUACUAACCUUCACUGCCACAAAUACCUCUUGUAUCGAAUAGUUCCUUGUGCACACCGCAAUGGCCUCUUUCCGUCGCUUCAUUGGUGGUUCAGAGUCCUGCUGGAUUCACUCAAAGAUGCACAAACCGGAAAGCAGGUACGUAUACUUACCAGAAAUCAGCAUGCGGCUACCGGAUGAGUUCUUUUGUACACAAUUUAACAAAUCUGCAUCUUCAAGCACAUGCACUUCCGAGGACUCCGGAAUUGCUCGAACACUGAAUCUGUCUCCUCAUUCCCCUGUCCUUGGUGACAGUGACUCUGAGGAUAGCGUGUCCUCAGAUGGCCUCAAUGCCUCCCAGUACACACAAAAAAACCAUCAGUUUGAAACCACUGGGACCUUGAAAUUUUAUCCGGAUCAUGAUUUUUCAAACAGACCUGGAAAAUUUAACGUGGCUGAAUCGGCCCAGUUUUCUCCCCGGUGUGGAAUGUGCGUAGCAGCGACACGCGACGAUCCCGGCCAUGGUGAUUUUGGUGAAAAGCAAAGUGACAACCGAUUCCAUAUCAUGUCAUUUGAACAGGUCAAGGGACUACACACCCUCCUGACAGAUAGCAUCCCGGUUCACAGUCGCCAACCAGGUUGUCCCACUAUCUGGUUACGCUUGAGCGAUCUGUUUCAAGCAGUUGAGGAAAACCUCAAGGCUUGUGGCAUUCCUGUUCGGGACAUUCGAAUUAACGGGGGAGCCGCAUCAUACAUAUUAGUCGCAGUAGAACCAGGGAAGGAGAACCACUUGACUAAUUGGCUGUCAAGACCAGAGGCUGAAGAUGAGGCCUCCAGGAUCAUGAUUGGGGCCAUUGGCCUCGUCGUCGAACUGGAUCCCGGAAGGUUUGUGCAACUCCAGGAUCCUGCUUUGCGGAAGGUUGCGACCACCUUAUUGCAUGGAAGGAGCAUUGAGAACGAAGGGCUGAAUGAAGCUGGAAAAGUCUCCUGGAACGCCACUGAUUUGGGUGUUGUACUACCCGUGAUACCCCACGUCCUGAGACGGAUGCUUAUCGUCCGAUGCCACAAGAUGGCACAUACAGGGUACACCAAGACGUACGACUUACUUCGGCAGAGGGCCUACUGGCCCGGGAGCAGUGAGGUGAUGUAUUAUUUGGCGUCCUGUAAUCGGUGCCAACUGAUGAAAGGGAAUACGACAGGGACGACCCGUCCCAUGCAACCUAGUCCUGUCUCAGAAUUCGGCGGGUUAUGCGGGAAUCAAUACACCGUGAUAAUGACAAAAUAUCUGUCGCCGUGGAUUGAGGCGGCAGCCGUGCCGAAUCAGCGGGCGACGACGAUCAGCGGAGUGGUAAUGCAUCACAUCGUGGCCAAUCAUGGGGUGCCAAAAAUUGUCCUAACCGAUCGGAGGCCUUGUUUCGAGAGCGAAGAGUUUAGGAAUUGCUUGCAGAAGCUGGGUAUCAGGCGGCUAAGGGGGGCAUCACACCACCCGCAAACAAAUGGUCUAACCGAACGUACUAACCGAACGAUCAAGGAGUGGCUGGCGGCCAAAGGCAGCGACUCGGCCCCCAGUUACAAUGACAUUGACGUAUUAAUUUCCGUGGAUCUCAGUUCCCAGUCCUCGACUAUUCAACGAGUAAAAUCAUCCGUCCUUGAUGCCUUGAUGCGAUUUCUUCCUGAAGAUCGAGGGAGUGUUUAUUCAGCAUCAGCAUUUAAAAACGGCAACCUCUCUCAUGGAACCCAGGGACAAAACAUAUCACCAACGGAUGGAUCAGAGACCGAUAAAGAGACGAAUUCUAAUAGGUACUUUUCAACGGACUUCAUUCCCACAACUGCCCCCAGUGGAUCUCCUACACCGCGAGGAACAGAAGAGGAGCCGCAACAGAGUUUUGCAUUUUCCCCCAACCCGAUUUGCCAGCUGAAUACCCCUUUAGCUUCUGUGAGCGAUGGAUACCUUCGUGAAUCAUAUAUCUACAAACAGUUCCGCAAAUACAGUACACACGAUGCAGAUUGUUGGUCACUUUUAUCGCUUGGAAUGCCAUCCAAUGGUUCCAAGGUUGUCGAACUUAAGUUCGUUGAUCGCAUGCGCCGCCAAUUUGAAUUCACGGUCGAUAGUUUCCAAAUAAGUCUAUCGCCAAUUUUGUCAUUUAUUCGAAUGUAUCCCAACCAGCCGCUAACCCCAAACUUCGCGCCAACCGUUGUGGCAGAAUCGGUUGCAGGAUCUUUCUCGAUGGCAUUGUACCAUCUCAAGAACAAGUUGAUAAUUACCAAGGAACCAGAAAUGAUCCGAGGUGGAGGGUUGCUGAAAUACUGCCGACUGCUAGUUAACGGUUAUCAAGCUCCGAACGGCAUUGACGUAGGUUCCCUGGAACGAUACAUGAGUUCUCGUUUCUUCAUUGAUUUUCAAGAUAUUCAAAGUCAGAAAGCAAAGAUUGAAGCAUUUUUGACAAACCACUUUAAAGAGGAUGAGGAUGUGGAAAGGGUUAACUUCCUUCGGACUGUUCAUCGAGUUGUCAGUGGUUCAACUAUAUGUCUCAUGUCUUUUGAGCGUUACCAGACACUGCAUUUGAUUUGCCAGCUCAUAGACCAAUACGCUAAACAAAAUCCGAUCCCCAGCUCAGCACCAAGCUUGGACUGGUUCGCAAACCAGCAGAAUCUGACAGUUGAUACAAUAUUCUACGGGACACAGUAUUUUCCCAUUAUUUCUUGCGGCAACUCACCCCGCUUUAGUUGCUGCCAUUGGGAGCAAAAAUCACCUCGACUUUGUUGUGAAGGCAAUGAAGUAAGGUUCUCACUUGGACCGUCGAGCUCCUCAUCUGAUUCCGAAUUUUCACCUAAGUAUUCAGCCAAAGGAAUACAAACUUCCGUGGACUGUCCUGUCGCUGAGACUUUUGUUUCAGUGGGAGAUAUUCAAAAGUCAUGUUCCCCAACAUAAACACCAAGUUCCAAAAUUUGCUAACCAGAACUUCUAUUCACCAGCUCUGAUAGCGGUCAAAUUUGCCGUUGGUUGCUGCACAAUCAAUCCAAUCAUCGUGCCAAAUUCAAUUUUGACAGACUCCCUACUGAUCUUUAAAAUAUCCCCCCAAAACGCAACUAAAAUCACCUGUUUUAUUUUCUCCUUCAGUGUUAGAAACUCACACAAUGCCAGUAAUUCCGCCAGGAGUGAGUUUGUAUUGCCACCACCGGUGAGGGGGGAAGCACAAAUAUCAGUUCGACUUGUUCAUUUUUAGAGAACGCCGAAGAGAGGCUGCUUUAAGCGUUUCAAAGAGAUUAUCCGUCUUUCAGGAAAUGUAUAUAAAAAUGAACUCUUGAGCCGUAUGGCAUCGUUGGAGCGGGAUACCCGAGAGCGUUAUGACAAUAGGCCUUCAAAAAGUCAGAGACAGAUCCCGUAGAUAAACAAAAUAGUGUGAGCAAUUGAAUUUAUUAGGCAGACUGUCCGGAAUGCAACUGAAAAGAAUGGAUUGGAUUCAUGUUAAUCGGAACUGGUUCCUGUGAGAGGUUUGAGUGCAACACGCAGAUCUUCCUUCUCCGUGCGCAUCGUGUACUUCCCU